GUUGAGAAGUUGACAGGCCACCGUUUUGAGAAUCACUCCUUCAGUGUGUCGUACAUACUGGACGAGGAGGCAGGAAGGGACGGGGGUGGAAGACCCCAGGUCCCGCGAGGGGCAUCUAAAAUGGGGACAGGAAGUCGGGAGCAGGAGUUUGGUCAGCCAGGGGCGAUGGGAGGCCCCCAGGGACCGAGGCAGCGUCAGCAAGAACUGCCUCUAAGAAUCCUAGUACCCACUCAGUUUGUGGGAGCCAUCAUUGGAAAAGAGGGACUCACCAUAAAAAACAUCACAAAGCAGACACAGUCCAAGGUCGAUAUCCAUCGUAAAGAGAAUGCUGGGGCGACUGAGAAGGCCAUCACUAUCCAUUCAUCUAAAGAGGGCUGUUCACAAGCCUGCAGGAUGAUCCUGGAAAUCAUGGAAAAAGAGGCUAAUGACACCAAGAUUGUUGAGGAGGUUCCUCUGAAGAUCUUGGCCCACAAUAGUCUUGUUGGGAGACUCAUAGGGAAGGAGGGCAGGAACCUGAAGAAGAUAGAGCAAGAUACAGGGACCAAGAUCACCAUUUCUGCAUUACAAGACCUGACGAUGUAUAACCAGGAACGUACCAUCACUGUGAGGGGAGGAGUGGAAGAUUGUUGUAAUGCAGAAAUGGAGAUCAUGAAGAAACUUUCAGAAGCCCAUGAGAAUGAUGUAGCUUCACUUAAUCAGCAGACUAACAUGAUACCAGGUCUAAACAUGAGUGCAUUGGGAAUCUUCUCCUCUGGCUUGUCUGUUCUUCCCCCAAACUCUGGUCUGCGUGGAUCUCUGUCCACCCCUGCCAACUACAGCCCCCUGCUGGGACCCUCUUCAGUAAUGGGGGGCAUGUAUGGGGUUCCCUCCUCUGGAGCAUUAUCUCUUCAGCAAUCUGGCGAACAGGAAGUGGUCUAUCUUUUCAUCCCCACUCCAGCAGUAGGAGCUCUCAUCGGGAAGAAAGGGCAGCACAUUAAAGAGCUGGCACACUUCGCUGGAGCCUCAAUAAAAAUUGCUGCACCAGACUGUCCUGAUGAGCCGGAGAGGAUGGUCAUCAUCACCGGACCACCAGAGGCUCAGUUCAAGGCACAGGGGAGGAUAUAUGGGAAGUUGAAAGAGGAGAAUUUUUUCACAGCUAAGGAAGAGUUGAAGUUGGAGGCACAUAUAAAAGUACCUUCAUCCGCCGCCGGACGAGUCAUCGGGAAAGGUGGAAAAACGGUCAAUGAGCUACAGAAUCUCACCAGUGCUGAGGUCAUUGUACCACGGGACCAGGCUCCAGAUGAGAACGAUGAAGUGUUUGUUAAAAUUAUUGGACAUUUCUUUGCCAGUCAGACGGCCCAGCGCAAGAUCAGAGAGAUCGUACAACAAGUCAAACAGCAAGAGCGGAAACACCAGCAAAUGGUGCCAACAUCCUCACAACCAUCAAAAUGAUCAGCAGAUGCCAGCAAGCAGCAGAUAAUGAAUGUAGCUCAUGCGAGGACAAAUCGAAAUCAACAAAAGAAGGAACGAAUUAAAGAGGUAGACAAAGGGAGAGUGAGACCGAGCGAGAAACAGUGAGAGACAGAAGCUGAUGAAGAGGACCAGCAGUAAAAAAAAAAAAAAACAACCAAAGAACUUAAAGCACAAAAA